AUGAGUACAACGUUGCAAGCAGAUGAGUUUCCAGUAUGGGCAUUGGUACCAAAAAAAGAAACUGGAGUCACUAACUUCCUGGCCAAAAAUCCAUCAUACGAUGGCCGUAAUGUGACAAUAGCCAUAUUCGAUUCUGGUGUCGAUCCUGGAGCUCCUGGUCUUAAAGUGACAAGUGAAGGUAAACCAAAAGUUAUUGCUAGAUACGACUGCAGUGGUGCUGGUGAUGUUGAUACCUCAACCAUAGUGACACCUGAAGGAAAUAAAAUAAAAGGACUAAGUGGACGUACACUUGUUAUACCAAGUACUUGGAAGAAUCCUACCGAGAAGUAUCACAUAGGUAUAAAAAAUGCAUUUGAGUUAUACACCAAGAAUGUCCAAAAGCGAAUUGAAGAAGAAAAGAAAGAAAAGCAAUGGGACCCACUUCAUAAGCCAUUAUUAUCAAAAGCAAUCAUGGAACAACAGAAUUUCAAUAAUGAAUUUGAUCCUUCUAAAGUCACACUGACAAGAAACCAGAAAUUAAAAAAGGAUGACCUAGACAGCACCGUUGAAGCUUUACAAAAUUUAGAAAAAAAGUAUAAAUUUAUCACCCCAGUUUAUGAUUGUGUGGUUUUCCAUGACGGAGUACAAUGGCUUGCAUGCUUGGAUACUUCUGAAAAGGGAGAUUUGGCUUCAUGUAAACUUAUGGGAGAAUUUAGUGAAGAUCCAGUUAAUAAUUUCGAUUACAUCACUGCUGCCGAUCGAAUGAGUUAUUCAUUUAAUAUGUAUAAUGAUGGAGAUGUAUUGGAAAUCGUAUCUCUUGGGUCAUCUCAUGGAACACAUGUAUCUGCUAUUGCUGCUGGGUAUUUUCCUGAUGAACCAGACAGAAAUGGAGUGGCUCCUGGCGCUCAAAUUAUAUCCUUAACUAUAGGCGAUAGUCGUUUAGAGACAAUGGAAACAGGAACUGCAGUUGUAAGAGCGAUGAUUAAAGUUAUGGAACUUCGAAAGAAGUUUAACAUUGACGUUAUAAAUAUGAGUUAUGGGGAACACUCAAAUUGGUCUCAUGCCGGGAGAGUUGGCGAUAUUAUGAAUGAUGUAAUUGACAAGCAUGCUGUUACUUGGGUUGCAUCUGCUGGCAAUCAUGGGCCAGCGUUAUGCACUAUUGGGGCUCCUCCAGAUAUUUCAAAAACGACAAUCAUAGGAGUUGGAGCCUAUGUAUCACCAGAUAUGAUGACAACAGAAUACUCUAUGCUACAAAAACUCCCAGGCAAUACUUAUACAUGGUCCUCAAGAGGGCCAACAAUUGACGGCGGUAGAGGAAUAAGUGUAUGUGCACCAGGUGGGGCAAUAGCUUCUGUACCUGGAUACCUGUUAAGAGGAUCACAGUUAAUGAAUGGCACAAGCAUGUCUGCACCUCAUGUAGCUGGAGCAACUGCUGUAUUAAUAUCUGGACUUAAGGGAAAAAAUAUUGAUACCUGCCCUUAUUUGAUUAAACGAGCAAUGGAAAAUACUGCAUUGUAUAACGAUAAGAUAGAUCACUUUUCACAAGGACAUGGUUUAUUACAAGUUGAUAAAGCAUUUGAUUAUUUAACUCAAUACUACACUGAACAAGAAUCAUAUGUCAAGUUUAUGGUAUCUUGUAGUAUCCAAGGCCAUAGUGUUAAUGGGAAUAAAGGAAUCCAUAUCAGAAAUGCAAUUGAAAACAAAGUGGUUGACUGUGUCAUAAUUGUGGAACCAGUCUUUUUAAAUAAUGCAGAUGUCGGUAAGUUAUUCAGUUAUUAA